UUAUCAUUGUAACAAGAAAUGAAUAACGUCCCUCAAACAUUGGACGUUUCAGUUGUUGCAAGUCAAUUUGAAGAAGCAUGUUCUGAUUUUCAAAUUCCAGCUACUCGUGCUGCUGCCGAACAUAUCUUGACAGCCUUCCGACAAAUCCCAAAGGUAUUACCGAUAUGUCGUUAUAUACUAGAUCAUACUACCAGUCCUAUGGUUCAAUUUCAAGUUGCUUUGGCUAUAGGUGAAGUAGCUGUUCGGGAUUACUCUCUUUAUUCUCUUGAAGAUAUUGUCCAACUGAAGAAUUAUUUAAUAGAAUAUUGUCUUCAUCAUGAAAAAGCACCUAAAUAUGUACGUGAUCAACUCUUAUCAUCCGUCUCUCUCAUCACUAAACGAAGUUUAUUCGACUUUACUGAUCAAGAUAAACAAGCUAUCAUAGUUCAUAUUAAACAAUUACUUGCUUUUGAUACAGAACAUGCUCAAGUACUUGGAGUAGCUUUGGCAAAUGCACUGACAGAUCAAUUUUCAAGUAUGAAAUCAUUGGUUGUUGGUCUUAAUUGGGAAUUUCAUCACAAGACAAAGGUAUUCUUCGAACUUCAUAUGCUAUAUCCUUUAUUUCAAGAACUUGCCACCAAGUUACAUACUGUUGUCCACUCUACUUCCUCUCCUUUAUCAUCACCGACUCCUCCAUUGCUCUCGGAAUUGUUGAUUUUGGCAGAAAAGACAAUGAAUUGGGAAUUUGAAUCAACAAAUACAAAACCAUCUCUACCUGGAACCUUUACUAUUAAUGAUGGUCUGGAUGAUGAUUUUGAAAAAGAAAAUGGUCCUACUUCUGCUAAAGCAACCUCUUCCAAUUUUCCAAAAGAUUGGUUACCAGUCAUCGGCAAUAAUGAAGUCAUCUGGCUCUUUUUUAUGGCUUAUGAUUUGGUAAAGACAGAUGAUGCUUUAUCUUACCGAUGCUUACAAUGUCUAAUCAAACUUGCUGGACUCAAGGAAGAUUUUUUCAAUCAAGAUGGAAAUGCGAUCAAAUCAUACGCAACCACUGUGAUUCAUGGUAUCAUGAAAAUGAUGAAUAGCAUUAAUAACGAAGGCACAUCACCUCAGAAAUUAACGGAUCAAGGACCACAAUUACUUGGUACCGUUCAAAUGGUACAUCGGUUAUUAGAGAACAUAUCUGCUGGUGUUUUAUGUGGUAUUCCCGAAUUCUUCCAAUUCCUCAACGAAAUACACAAAUUGACCCUAUGUUGUAUACACGGAACAGUUAGUGAUAUUGAUGAAGGAUGGAUUGGUGAAGCAAGUGAUGAAUGUCUACAAACUUGGGUAACUCUUGCUGAUGUAGUUCAACCAGUCGAUCCUCGAGAUAUAUCUUCAAGACAGGGAUUAUCGGAUGCUGACCUUCAUCAUCUUGCUGAAUACUUGCGAUCUGUGGCGUAUCAAGUGGUUAAAACAUAUAUGGAAAUGCAAUUGGAACGGGCUAAACUUGUAUUAAAUGAUGAAGAUGAAGAAGAUGAAAUAGAAAGUGGUAUAAAAGACUGGGAUACAUAUGGCGAUCAACUGACUUGUAUUAGUACUCUUGGACGUCUGAAUCCUCAUCAAUGCUUAUCUCAUUUACAACAUCUACUCAGUGAUAGAACUCAACGAUUCCAAAGAUAUUUCACAAAUGAAAUGACUGCCAAUCUUGAAUUAUUAUUACUCCAUGAACAAUUACAUUGGAUUAUCUUGAUGACAGCAUUCGUUUUGGCUGACGCCGGAAAUGGUGAACAACCUAUGAUUCCUGAAUCUAUUAUGCAAUUAUCUAGUUCUCAGAGUUAUGAACAAGAUCAAAUAGUACAACUUUCAAAUCAAGUAUUGGAACUACUACGAUUUUACUCAAGUUUUGGCCCUAAUACAAUAGAGGCAUCUAAUUGUAGUCCUCGUGUUGCUGAAACAUUGAUUUGGUUCAUGGAAAGAUGGAGUAAGACUUAUUUACUAGUGAACGAAAACGAUUACGGGUUCAUGAGUCCAAACAUUGCAAAAUCCUUUGGUCAGCCUGGGCCUUCUGAUGGACAAGGGGUACAAAUCAUAGAAUUUUUUAUUGAACAAAUGAAGAAUAACUUUAUGUUAUGGAAUGCUGAUCCUGAUGUAUUGUCUCAAUUGGUACGAUGGCUCAAUACCUGUGGUACUCCUCUUAAUUUGAAAUCAAGACUUCUCGUUUCACCUGCUUUCCCUGAAUUGAUCAAGUUUAUCACAUCCAAUUUGGAACAAUUACCAGAAGCCAUACACAAUUAUCUUAUUCAAACAGUGGGUACUAUUGCCAGUGGUGUACAAGAUUCUACAAUGCGACACAACUACCUUGAUUUAAUCUUUGUGAUGCUUGAAGAACGACUAGGUGCCAUUCUUCAUAAACCUGAUUUUACUCAACAAUGUCAACAAGCAAAUGUUAUGAAUCAAGUAUUGAACGCUCUAGAUAUGUUUGAUGGUCUAGCUUUAUCCUGUCAGUUUAACAACACAGUAUCCAUCUUUGGGUUUACUUGUCGAUUUUUCCAAAGCUUCCACCAACUGAUGGAGAUCUACAAAAAUGUACCUGAAGUCCAAUUGUCUAUUUUACAAAUACUUGCAGAUCUGACUGAACGUUUGGAUAUGUCAGUUUUAGAAAAGGAACAAAAACAAGGUCUUUAUCAAUUCAUCAUGGAAAUCAUUCGACUCUACGGUACUUUCAAUCAUGGCAAAAAACGUGUACAUACGCAAGAAGAAGAAGCGGAUCGUCCUUAUGAAGAUAUUUGUACUAUUCUUGUGUUACUGAUCAACGUGAUGGCUUCCGAAUUUGAAGCAAAACAUGAUGGGAAUACAACUUCUAAUGGUGAUGGAUUGACUCCAGGUGUUGCUGAUGUGGUUCUCUUUGGUGUUAACACCAUCAUACCCAUGAUUGAUAUGAAUAUGCUUCAAAUUCCCAAUCUAUGUCAAUACUAUAUCAAGUUAGUAUCUCAUUUGAUUGAACAAUUCCCUGAUAAAUUAGCAGGACUUCCAACCCCUCUAUUUGACAAUUUGAUGGCAAGUUUAGACUUUGGUAUUGCUCAUCCUAUUGCUGAUAUCAAUAUUCUUACAUUACAAGCUGUUACUCCUUUGGCAAUGUGGGCCGCUCAUCAAAAAUAUACUCAAGGUAGCAAUACUACUCUCAAAAGUGCAGUAUCAAAAUUACUUGGAGCAUUGUUAAAUGUUUUAUUAUUUCAACAUUUGGAUGCUUCGGUAGUGAAUGCCGCAUCGGAUGCUUUAUUGGCUUUGAUGACCGCUGAACAUGAUUCUUAUAUGGAAUUGGUCAAUCAAAUCAUUACACAACAAUCUAGUGAUUUACAACCUCGAUUGAUCAAUGCAUUUGGAAAACUGGAUCAAGCUACUCCCAAACAACAACAACCUACCAAGGAAAUGGCUCAAGUAUUCAAGGAUAAUUUAUUAGUUUUAUUGAUGGAUGUGCGUGCUGUUUUACGUGUGAAAUAAUAAAAAAAAAAAAACAUACGGAUUUAGUUCAACAUUUUUUUAUUU